AAAACAGAGGCAUCGGCAGCAGAACAGAAGCAUCACAAUGUUGUUUUCCCGUCCGGUUCAGACUCCGUAGUCCACAAGCAACGAUCCAUCGGCCCCUCCCUCGCUCCCUCGGAUUCGUCUUCGUCUUCUUCUUCUCCGAGAGCGAUAUAAACAGCGGAGGGGAGAGAAAGAGGCGAGUCAUCCGUCACCCAUCAACUUCCGCCAGCCAACGAGCUACCUAGUCGGCAGCAGCCAAACAGGCAGCCAUGGGGUUCUUCACCAGGAGCACCUCGAAGCAGACCGCGAAGCUCAAGUCCCUCGUCAAGCUCGCGCUGGCGCGCCUCGCCGUCGUGCGCCGCCCGCGCGCCGGCCGCCGCUCCAUCGCCCGCGGCGACGUCGCGCAGCUGCUCUCCAUCGGCCACCUCGACCGCGCGCUCGUCCGCGCCGGCCAGGUCCUCGAGGAGGACGACGCGCUCGCGGCGCUCGACGUCCUCGAGCUCUACUGCAGGCUCCUCGUCGACCACGCCGCCCAGCUCGACAAGCCAAAGGAGUGCACCGAGGAGAUCAAGGCGGCGGCCGCGGGCCUCAUCUACGCGUCGGCGCGGUGCGGCGAGCUGCCCGAGCUCCUGGACGCGCGCGCCAUCCUGGCGGACAAGUUCGGCCGUGACUUCGCCGCCGCGGCCCGGGACGGCGCGCCCGGCGUCGUCGACCCCACGCUGGUGCGGAAGUUGUCCGGCCAGGGUGCAACCGUGGAGCAGAUGAGGAGGCUGGCCAAGGAGAUCGCCGCCGAGAACGGCAUCCUGCUCGACUUCCCCGAGGAGCCCAGAGAGGUUCCUCACGCUCAGAGGAAACAGAGUGAGCAAACCAAGACUGCGCCGGCUGCGGAAUCUGUCGAGCACACUGAGAUCAAGGUAGAACCGGGCACAUUUUAACAAACUAUGCCACUAAUAUGGUCAUAACUAUGCCAUUUGUUGGCUUGAAACCCAUGAAUCUUCAUACACGAUA